CAGCAGGAAAAACCUAUAUGAUGCUAGGGACGGACUGUGAACCAGGGAUUUACAUCCUCACUCUUGAUGACCUCUUUAAGGUCCUUGAAGCUACCACUGAGGAGAUGGAUUACAGAGUCUCCAUGUCCUACCUGGAGGUCUAUGACAAAGUGAUCCGUGACCUCCUGAACCCAUCCUUGGGAUUCUUAAAUCUGAGAGAGGACCCCAGAGGCAGCAUCCAGAUAGCAGGAAUUACGGAAGUCUCCACUACAAAUGCUCAGAAGGUCAUGCAGCCGUUAACGAAAGGAAGUAAGAAACGCACCCAGGAACCCACUGCUGCCAACAAGACGUCCUCCCUCCACGCAGUGCUGCAGGUGACGGUGACACAGAAAAGCCAAAGGAAGGCGAUCGGCGAGGAAGUGUGAAUUGGAAAGCUUUUCGUGAUUGACUUGGGGUCGGAGAAAGCAGCCCAGGUACGAACCCGGGGCAAGAGGGUGAAGGAAGGAGCCCACAUCAACCGCUCACUGCUGGCUUUGGGCAACUGCAUCAACGCUUUGAGUGAGAAGGGAGGGAGCCAGGCCCAGUUUGUCAAUUUUUGAGACACCAAACUACGCCUGCUGAAGGACUCAUUAAGGGGCAACAGCAGAACUGUUAUGACUGCAAGCAUCAGCCCAGCCAGUACCUCCUUUGAAGAAUCUCGAAUGACCUUGAUCUAUGCCUAUCGAGCAAAAAACAUCAAGACACAGGUAAAAUGUAACCUGCAGAACAUCUCCUACCACAUUGACCAAUACACCAGCAUCAUCCUGGACCUCCGCAGGGAGACAGAGCAUCUGAAGAAGAGGUCUGAAACCCAGGAGAAGGAGAAAAGUGCAGUCAGCUCCAACCUCGGGGAUCUGCAAGAGGGGACUCCACUGGAGGUGCUGCCAAAAGACAAUGCUCCUGCAAGCACCAUCCAGCAGAGCAACGCUGAUCGCGUCGAAGGACGGGUCCUACAGAAGCAAGUCAAGGGGGCUGCAGAUGGUGCCAGCAGCCGGCUAAAGCAGCAGUCAGUCACCCGCUUGGGGAAUCAGCCGAAGACUAAACAGAAGUCAGUGGGGGAGCAGGACUCUCUGUGGCCCCAAGGGAUUGCAAUUUUGAGACUGCUGGAAGUCAGGGAAGCGGUGCAGGGGGAGUGA